UACAGUGUACGAAGAGAUUUCCAACGUAAAACAGUGAUUCUUGUUUCGACCGCAUCAUGCCUUGGGAACGACCGGAAAACGUGCCAUAUCCGAACGUUUGGUGGACUUUUGAUGCUCCUGAUCCGGACCGUGAGGAUGGUGCGUUGGUUACGUACCGGGUGGAAGAUUUGACGGAAGAUCGUUUCGAAGAUGCCAUCAAGCUGUACACCGAGCAUUUUCUUGAUGACGAACCGCUAUGUUCGUAUGGACGUGUGCGGCACUAUAAACUGUCGUACGAAGAGAUUGUCAAAUUCUGGAUGCACGUUUUUAGCGAGAAGAUGACUAUAGUAUGCUACAAGGAAGGUUCCAAAGAGCUAGUGGGAGCGAACCUGCUGGCAGUGAAGUGUGUCAAUGAUAAAAUAGAUAUAUCUAACUUGAUCAAAUCCGAAAGUAUGCAAAAAUUAGUGGCAGUAAAUGAAUACAUGACCGACACUAUAAAUCUAUUUGAGCGGUACGGUGUCGAUAAGUAUUUAACGGCCUACGGUCUGAGCGUGAAUAAUCGUUACCGAGGACGAGGGAUCGCCACUGAGAUACUUAAAGCCCGUAGACCGAUUUGCCGUGCGUUCGGCAUACGGCUGACGAGUACUAAUUUCACCGCCAUAGGUUCUCAGAUACCUGCAGCGAAGAUUGGCUUUCAAACGGAUUUGGAAAUGAUGUACGGUGAAUUUGUAAAAGUCAACCCCACGUACACAUUUGAAGGAAUUAAGAGCAAAAGCAUAAAGUUGAUGAGCUUGCCGAUAGAAUGAGAAUCAUGCUCAUCAUACAGUGUGG